GACAGCACUACGUUGGAGAACCAUGGCGGUGAAACAAAUGACAUGGUUGGGGAUCUAAAUUACACAGAGCAGAAGAACCGGCGCCCGUAGACAGUGAGAUAUCCGUGGAGAUGAGCGCGGGGAUUCGAUAGAAUGUAUCAGAGUGACUCCGAAGGGGUCGUGCCAUUGUCCGAUUGAGGAUACAGGACCACGGACCUAAAAUACAGUUUUAACGUUGAACAUUUUGAAAGUCAUUGAAAAUGAUUAAAGCAGAGAGCAAGGGUGAACGCACCCUGCGGAGCGCGUCUCCGCAUAGAAAUGCGUACAAGUCGGAUUUCCACGCCAUUAAGUGCUCUUUUGAUGGGACCAAAUCCGACAGCGAGGCCAAAUCUUAUGCUAAUGGAGCCAGCGACCCCCGGGAGGACGCUAGAGGGAGGCCGUUUGGCAACAGGGUGAACAAAAUAAAGAACAUUUUCCUGCAAAUGGACGGCCAGCAACCGCCUGAGAGUCAGGAACCUGCUCACAAAACAGAUGCAUCUUCUCCUAUAUCCCCAGUGUCCAAGUUCCCAGUCAGCACUCACAAAACCUGCCUCAGUAGCGCCAACAACCAAGAACCGCAGAGCGCGGACAGAACUCUAAAGGGAGAGGAAGUCGAGGUCGAUAAAGUCACCCUGGCGGAAAAAUUUUCAGUUACCAGAAAACUCUUUGAGAGAGGGAUGAAAGAGCAGCCUGCCGCAGUGCCCUGCAGAGUUUCUAUUCGUGGGGCCCGGAGGUCCUUUGGAUCUUCUGAAAAUUGCAGCAAUAGUGGCAUCAAAAGCCCGACGUCACCCGUGGGGAGUGCCCCAGAGGAAAGGAGGGAUGUUGAGGACUCAAAACAGGUCAAUAGACUAUCACUUAACGCCGGGCCUAUUUCAAAGCGGUUGGAGAACUUCAUUGUGGAUGGCAACGAGUCAGUGCAAGCUUCUGCUAAAUGUCCUGAGAAACUGAGCAGCCCCACUGAGCGCUCGCUGCCAUCACCUCUACGAGGUAGUUCCCAGAAACCCACCUCCCCUGGUACUGAUCCAGCACACAAACCCACAUCCCCAAACUCUGACACGUCACCCAAACCUUUCUCACCUAAAACAGACUCCCACAGCCCUCCAUUCAAGUCCAUCAGUCCGAUUUCAUAUAACCCGACCUCUCCGACCAGCAGGAGCACCGGCGAGCCUCUUUCACCCACUGCUCAAAGCCCGUUUAAACCGUCUCCGUCAUCAGGAAAUGACUCGGUGAGAGAGUCCAUGACAAAUGAGCCAACCCAACUUAGUAGUACUCCUGCGAAAGAUGUCAAAUCUUCAGCAAGUAGCCUAUAUAAACGGCCUCUGAGUCCUGAGGAACCAAAAAGUGAAAACCACAUAAUUCGCAGUCCGUCUAGGGACAUCUCUCGUGAGCAGGCCCCACAAUGUCUAGACCCCACUGGUGCAGGAGUGGUACGGGCUGAGCUGGUAGUGGUCCAGAACGAGUCUUCAGAAAGCGAGGAGAGUGAUGAAGAGUUUUUGGAGGAUGUUAUGACAGAGGUGAAGCUACAAAGGGAACUUAAAUCUGAGGCACCGAUAGAAGAUGUUGCUGACUCUCUGAAGAUGUUAUCACCUCAAAACCAUUCAGAGGACAAACGGCUGGAGAAGGAUGUGUGCUUAUCAGCAGAGCUGAAGAAAGAGCAACCAAAUCAAGAGGAUGAAGAGGAGGAGGAGGAGAUCAUACAAAAGAGGAAUAGCUGUCAUGAAGAUAAUGAUGAGGACAGCGAGCAGGAAGAUCCAGAUGAAUGUGGGAAAACUUCUCCGGUGUUUUAUAGUUUUGAGAACGCAGCGUUUGUGGAUGAUAAGGAACUGGGUCAGGACCUGCAGGUUGAGGAGGAUGAGGAUGAAACUGAGGUGUAUGAGGAGUAUGAGGAAGUUCCUGGUUUGUCUGAGGAUGAAGAACAGCCUCCAAGAAGGAAAAUCAGAUUCUCCACUGAGCCGAUACGGGUGUACAGCACGUUCUCUAAUGAAGAGUACGACCGGAGGAACGAUGAUGUGGAUCCUGUGGCGGCGUCUGCCGAGUACGAGCUGGAGAAACGGGUGGAGAAGAUGGAUGUGUUUCCCGUGGAGAUCGAGAAAGGUGAUAAAGGGCUGGGGAUCAGCAUUAUAGGAAUGGGUGUUGGGGCAGACCAGGGUCUGGAGAAACUGGGCAUCUUCGUCAAGACUAUCAUGCAGGACGGAGCUGCAGAGAGAGAUGGGAGGAUCCAGGUGAAUGAUCAGAUUGUGGAGGUGGAUAGCAUCAGUCUGGUUGGUGUGACGCAACUCUUUGCUGCGACCGUCCUCAAGAACACGAAGGGAACUGUCAGGUUUCUGAUUGGCCGAGAGAAGCCAGGUACUCAGAGUGAGGUGGCCCGACUGAUCAGCGAGACCCUCGAGCAGGAAUGGCAGCAGCAGCAGCAGGUGGACGACACAUACGAGCAGUCCACUGAAGAGGACGAGCACUACGAGGAUGAGGAGGAAGGGGGAGAGGAUGGCAUCCUCGGUUCGAGUUUCGACAGGAGGAAUGUGGAAGUGUACGAUCUGCCCGAGAGCGAGGAAAUGUUCCUGCCGUCAAACAUGGACGCCGCUCAAGUGACGUUCAGAUUUAAAGAGCUCCAGAUAAAACACACUAUUGCAGAAGCCGAAGUAGAUGAACUGAAAGAGAGAUUGAGAGAGUCGUCAGAGGAACGUGCGGCGUGGGAGGCGAGGGAAGCUCAGUUAGAGAGGAGCGUUCAGGAGAACUCUGAGAGGAUCGCUCAGAUGGAGAAGAACUGGCUGGAGGCUCAGGCUCUCUGCAAAAGCAUCAACGAACAGCUCAAUGACACGCAGAGUCAAUAUGAAGCUCUGGAUAUAAAAUACAGCAAAGCCAAGAAACUGCUCAAGGACUAUCAGCAGAAAGAGGUGGAGUAUGAGCAGAGAGAGGAGGACUUAAGGAGAACUCUGGAGGAGAGAGAGGCUAAAUAUAAAAUUCAGAUAGAGGAUCUGCAGCGCAGGCUGGCAAAGCUUGAAUCUGGUCGUCAUGAGUCUCCGCUGUCGGGCAGUAAGUCUGCAGAUUCAAUUCUGCUGGGAGCGGACUGGAGUGAGGUGGUCCCUGAGACGGAGCGUUUGGACACCAGCGCCCAUCGCGCAAAGGCCCAGCUGGCCCAGAGAUCCAAACGGCAGCCGCCGUCCCGCAGUAAACUCAAAGAGACGCUCAGCUCGCCAGCGAGAAGCCCACAGGGUGAUGAUGAGAGUCAGUCUGUGAGUCCCGAGUCUCCUCCGCCUCGUAGGAGAUCGAUCCAGGAGAGUUUGUUCCUGCCGGUCGUCAUAUCUUCCCCUGCAAACCACCCGAAGGAUGAAGGUUCUGUUACGAGCAGCAGCCAAUCAGUGCAGAGGGAUCCUCAAGACCCCGCCCUCUCCACCCCUAAAGACUCUUCCCCCUCCAGCUUCCUGCGGAAUGUAAAGAAGAGAGAGUCUAAAGGCAAGGGCAAAGAGGUCAAAGCAGAGUCUAAUGAUGCGGCUGGAAAAGCCAAAAGAAGAUUCCCAGAUUUUGGUGGUUUAAGGAAAUCUGGAGGAAAGGGGAAAAAACUAAGCAAAGAAGCCACGAGGGCGUCACUGGACAGCAGGGGUUCAGCGGAGUUACUGGAGGAGUCAGGGGCCCGAGUCUCCCCUUCAGAGUCCAUGACCUCCAUCCCCACCUGCAUGCCCUUCUCCUGGUUUGGAGAGAAAGACAAAGAGCGCGACAGAGAGCCGUCGUCCUCGUCCAGCAGUCUCCCAUACACCACUGCAGAUGCCAGCGAACACAGCCACAGCUCCAAAAACAAGACAAACCUCUCCUGGUCUUCUCUGUUCAGUCGCUCCUUAGAUUUGAGUUUGUCAGUGCUAGAUGAUUCGAACCCCAGCAGUCCUGCUUCAGAUUUUUCUGGGCUGGUGGUGGAGCCCAACCUGUCAGGCCGCUCUCAUACAUUAACCUUCUCCUCCAGCGAGAUGCUGGAUGAGGAGCCUUGUUCUGGAGGGAAGGAGUAUCAUUGGCAGAACCGUCCCGUCUCUGAUUGGACGUCCCAGCAGGUGUGUCACUGGCUGAUGGGUAUGAACAUGGAUCAGUACACACCUGAGUUCAGCACACAGGCCAUCGAUGGACAGCAGCUCCUCAACCUGGACAGUGACAGACUCAAGGCUCUGGGUGUUUCCAGUCAGAAUGACCGAGCCACAAUCAAGAAGAAACUGAAGGAGAUGAAGAAAGCCCAGGAGAAGAUGGAGAAACAGCGGGAGAAGCGGGAGAAAGAGGCCAGACGCAGCGGACGGCUGCCUGCCAGCACUGACUCUGUGUGCUGAUGAUGUUCAGAGCAUCACGGUUUCUUCAUCUUUUCACUUUAAUUCUCCACACACUCCAGUGACUGAAUUCAGUCAGUAACAGGCAGUCAUCCUGAAACACUAAUGAAGCUGCUUACAAGACCACAUUUUACUCUCUUCAGUUCAGUCUGUGCAGCACAAAUAUGAGCAGAAUAUGUUCAUCUACAGGUAGUGAAUUUACUAAGAAAAGUGUUUACAGGGUGUGUUGCCUUCACUGUAAAAAGAAAAACAAAUGUUUUUUUAAAUCAGUAUUUUGUCUUUAUUUUCAGUCAAAUAUCUCAGCAUCCCUAAAACAAGAUAAAUGUACUUGCAUAACAAGAGAUGACUUACAGAUUCAGACAGAUCGGAGAAAUGUACAAAAUUGUAUUCAAUGUUUAUUUUUGUUGUUGUUUUUGCCACAAGCUUAAAUUCCCAGUGAAGAAAUUGCGUUUAAUUCAAGAUACGUCCUCUGAAACAAAUCUAUAUCUUUGCUUCUCGAGUAAUUGUGUCUUAAGGACGUUUUUACUGGAAAACAAGACAAAAUACUGAUUAAGAAAAUAUCUUUGCAGUGUUUUAGAUUUUUUUUCUUUUAGACUAGCUUGUAAGAACAUUAAUAUGGCUGUCCAAUUUAUAGCAGACCAAAACUUUUAUUAGUUUUAAUUGUAUUUAAUGAUACCACUGUAGGGGCUAUUAAAAAAAACAAUCUUGCUAAGGGAUAUAUAAAUAUUUAGAUGCCAACUUUGCCGCUAAUAUUGUGGCACGAAUAGUGCUUUUAAAAAGAUUUCUUAGUCAUUUUGCUGGAUCCUUGUACAGUCGAGUGAUAUUGAGCACUAUAUUUUUACUGAAACAAAGGGGAACAUGGUUUAUAAAUGUACAAAUGAGAUAUUUAAUACACCACUAUUAGCAUAGCUUUAAGGAAGAGACAUUAACUUUUUUUUGUACACAUUUUCUACUAAGUAGAAUAGCUUGUUGGGCAAAACCAUUUAGCUAAUUCUGAAAAGCAGAGAGUGAAACUCAAAGUGAAAGGUGUUUGUACAUCACCUUUGUUGUUUUUAUUUGGACGGUUACUGCUUUUAUAUUAUGGAUAUGGUUAAAAAAUAGACAAUUGUUACAGAAUGCAGCGUAGUUUUAUUAGUGGCCAUGGCCCAAAUUGUAACAGAGGUUGUAAUGAAUUUAAGUAGCCUACUGAUUAUCAACUGAUUGUAAGCGUCGUUUUCAAAGAGACGCCACCUGUGCUCAUGUCAUCGUGAUUCUGUGGUUAUAUUUUUCUACCUUGUGAAAUAGAUGAUUUUGAACAGACAAAAAUCAAGCUUUCUAUCUGGAACAAAUAAAUGCUUUCACCUCUUGUAAAAGAAAAAAACGGUGUGUUUUCAGUCCAAAAUGCAGUUCCCUUCACAGCAGAACUGAUUUUAAAUCACUUUAAAUCAUUUUAAAUUCAGUCACUGCUCAGUUAGCUAUUAAAAAGCAGAAGAUUCAGAUUUGUACACUAGUGAUGGGCGCUUUUGAAGCACUGCUCCGUGAAGCUUCGAAACCUUUGCAAAUCAUUUGCUUCAAGCCCGUGAAUCUGCCGAAGUCACGUGACUUCAGGAAACGAGCCUACGUUGCGUCAUCUGUGUUUACAUUUUAUGUUUUAUUUAACCUGAUCUCGGAUUUGCCGAUAUUUUUAAUGACAUUUGUAUAAAAGGAAGAUUAGUAGUUAAUAGCCUCUUAUAGCCAAGCCCUGCAAAUGAAUAAAAGAACACAUGCAGAAACUUAAUAUUUAUUGGUAUUUGAUUUUGUUAUUUGCAUUUAGUAGAUUAUACUUUCAAUAAAACAUUUGCUGUGGGUUUUGAUCAAGCGGC